AAUAUAGAAAUUACAAAAUGUAUUCAGUAUCGGCAGAAAACUCUGUUAACACAGUGUACAUCGGAAUUGAUGAACUUUGCUUUGACAAAGAUGAAAUAGACAGCAAAGACAGUUGUGCUAAAUUGCAAUUGAAGGAUAAUAUUACAGCUUAUAUUGAGAAGAAAGAAUUAAUUAGAGAUAUUGAACCAUUAGAAUGUGAUAGUACUCUAAUAGAAAAAGUAACAUCUAAUUACAUUAUUGUGAAGAUGAUAAUAAGUAGUCUAAGUUGGCAAGAUAAACUUAUAUGUAAGCUUGUAUGUAGUACUUGGAGGUCAGCGGUGCAGGCACUGCAGAGGGAACAAUUGUGUCCAGAAGACUUUGUUGUUGACCUUUGUAGCCCUCCAAAGGGCUGUGGAGGUAAAGGAUGGAUCAAACAGUCCGGUACAUUCCGCACAGAGCCAUUGAUCAUCUUUGCAUUUGCAAAUACAGCUGCCAUGUGUUUCUGUUGUAAAUGCAAGGUAUUUUCUCCCUGGCCAUGUCCACAGCCUUGUCAGAAAGAACACUGCUUGAUAGAUUUGAUAAAUCGCCAAGUGAAUGCUCCCAAGAAUUGCAUGCUGACUUCAACAGCUAACUAUUUGGUAUACAGGCCUCUACCAUUCACAAAUACUUAUGUACACUCAAUAACUCAUUAUACAGACACAUGGAACAAUCCAUUCAUUGCUGGUAUAUAUAUCCCUAAGAUACCUAAUGUGGGAUUAAAAACUAUAAACAUAAAAUCACAAGACGGCUUAAAGACAGAGUUUUAUGAUGUUGUUGAGAAGUUAUCUCAAUAUAAUAUAAUAAAAGGUGUUGUAGUCUUUGUUACUGACAAAUAUCUACUAAAUUCAAUUGAUGAUAUUGUGUUUAUGCAUUAUCUUAAAGAUGUGCAACCUAACAUACCAUAUGCUCUUGGAGGCUGUCUCGUUGAAGAUACAAUGGCUGACAGCAAAGAUAUUGAUAACAUAAUUGAUAAGUUGAAUGAAAAUGCAGAUUUUAUAAGUGAAAAUUUGCUAUCAAUGUGUUUGUUCACAGUGCCAAAGAAUAUUACUAGUAAUGAAUAUAACUUUGAAAUGUACUCCUUAGUUAUUAAUUCAUCAGAAUGGAAGAAACCAAUGAUACAACAAGCCAUUACUGAGUUUUCAAAUAAAGUACCCCGCUUUGAACACAGCAUUGCCUUAAAGCUGUCAUGUGUGGGUCGUGACCAGAAGCAUGUUAUUGAGCAGGAUUGCUUUCGUGACGCAUUCCCGGACACGCCGAUAUCCGGUUGCUAUGGCAACGGCGAACUUGGCAUCAACCACCCAACCAGAGUUAAAGCGGAGCCAUCCUCCCCCGCUGCAAAAAGAUACAAAGAUGAUUCCGAACCUCACCAUGGACUCAUGUAUUCAUAUUCAACAGUUUUUGUUUACUUCGGUUGGGGUAAAAUAACAUCUCCUAAAGGACCUCUACCUACUUCCAUAGGUUAAAUAUGAAUUUUCUCCAACCAAUCUAUUAUUACAUCUUUAAACCAAAUAGUUUUUCACCAAACUCCGUGUAAAUGCACGAUUUUAUUUUUUACAUAUACAUAUUAUGAAAGACGGUUCUCUCUAAGUAACCAAUGUGUCCGUGUGAAUGGACCCUUAGAUUAAUUGCAUUUUAAAUGUAAACCAGGAAUUACAUGAUGAACUCUAAAUGUAAUUAGUUUUAAUAAGAAUAUACUCGUAUUUCUACAAAUUUGUAAGAAUCAGAAUUGUCUUUAAAUGUUAGAAGUAGUUUAAAAAAAACUAAAUGAAAUCAACUUGUAUAUGUAACUGUAGUAUAAUAGUAUAAUCUGGGAAUAUCAGAGUUCACCAUAUUUCAUAAAUGUAGUAAUGAAAUAUUACUAUAUGUAAUUCAUUUAUUAAUUCAUUAGGAGCGGACUAAACAAUC